AUGCCCGGGCUGUCCCUGCCCGGGGACACCGAGGGUCCCGAGGGGCCCGAGGCCGGGCGGUGCGGCCGCCCCCCCACCCCGCACGCAGCCCACGUCCCUCUCCCGCGUGGGAACGGGAACGGGAACGGGAACGGGAACGGGGAGAGCCCAGGGGCGACUCCCGGGGCUGCCCUGCCCGCCGGGGGCCCGCGACCUCCGCCCCGGGACCGCCCCGGGACCGCCCCUGCCGGGGGCACCGGGGCGGGUCCUGCCCGGGCCCCGCGCGUGUCCCGGGCCUGGCACGGGCCAGCUCCGGGACGGAACGGGACUGAACGGGACUGGCACGGCGGCACCGCGGGCCCGGGCCGAUCCCCGUUCCCGGAGGAACGCCCGCCCCGCCUGGCUGACUACUUCGUGCUCGUGGGAUACGACCCCGGCAAGAGCGGGAGCGGGGAUGGACAGGGCCAGAUCCUGCAGCGCUUCCCGGAGAAGGACUGGGAGGACAACCCCUUCCCACAGGGCAUCGAGCUGUUCUGCCAGCCCAGCGGGUGGCAGCUCUUCCCCGAGAGGAACCCCCCCACCUUCUUCGUGGCCGUGCUCACCGACAUCAACUCGGAGCGGCACUACUGCGCCUGCUUCACCUUCUGGGAGGCCGUGGAGAGCCCGCAGCCCCAGAGCCAUGCCAGGAACGGUGAGGGCGAGGAGGAGGAGGAGGAGGAGGCCUCGUCCCUCGUGCAGCCUGCCCAGCUGUUCGCUCCCAAGAGCCUGGUGCUGGUGUCGCGGCUGGACCACGCCGAGGUGUUCCGGAACAGCCUGGGGCUCAUCUACACCAUCUACGUGGACGGGCUGAGCGUGUCCCUGGAGAACGUCAUCGGGAACCUGCUGACCUGCACCAUCCCCAUCACGGGGGGAGCACAGAGGACGAUCUCGCUGGGAGCAGGGGACAGGCAGGUGAUCCAGACCCCCAUCAAUGACUCCCUGCCUGUCAGCAGCUGCAGCGUGGCCCUGCUCUUCCGCCAGCUCGGCAUCACCAACGUGCUGUUCCUGUUCUGCGCGGCGCUGACCGAGCACAAGAUCCUGUUCCUCUCCAGCAGCUACCAGAGGCUGACGGACGCCUGCCGGGCCCUCCUGGCUCUCAUGUUCCCCCUCAAGUACAGUUUCACCUACGUGCCCAUCCUGCCCGCCCAGCUCCUGGAGGUGCUGAGCACCCCCACCCCCUUCAUCAUCGGCGUCCACUCCAUCUUCCAGUCGGAGACCCAGGAGCUGCUGGACGUGGUGAUCGCGGACCUGGACGGCGGCACCGUGAACGUCCCGGAGUGCGUGCACAUCUCCCUGCUCCCCGAGCCCCUGCUCCAGCAGACACGGGAAGCCCUGUCCAUGGUCUUGGACCCGGAGCUGGAGGUGGCUGACCUCGCCUUCCCCCCUUCCACCAUUUCCGCCUCUUCCCUCAAGAUGCAGGACAAGGAGAUCCGGGCCGUGUUCCUGCGCCUGUUUGCUCAGCUGCUGCAGGGCUACCGCUGGUGCCUGCACAUCAUCCGCAUCCACCCCGAGCCCGUCAUCCGCUUCCACAAGGCGGCGUUCCUGGGCCAGCGGGGGCUCACGGAGGACGAUUUCCUCACCAAGGUGCUGGAGGGGAUGGCCUUCGCUGGCUUUGUCACCGAGCGCGGGGCUCCCUACCGCCCCAUCGACCUCUUCGACGAGCUCGUGGCCUACGAGGUGAAGCGCAUGAAGGCAGAGGAGGGGAACAAGCAGAAAAUCCUGAGGCACAUCAAGGAGCUGGCAGAGAAACUCUACAAAAACGAGAACCCGUACCCCGCGGUGACCAUGCACAAGGUGCAGAAGCCCACGGAGGGCUGUCACCUGCGCCUGCACCAGAAGCCCUUCCCACGCCUGGACGAGGGCACCGUGCAGUGGAUCAUCGACCAGGCCACGGCCAAGCUGCAGACCGCCCCGCCCGCCGUCAAGGCUGAGAAGAAGUGCAUGGAGGUGGUCAGGAACUGCAUCUCCUACGUCUUCGAGAACAAGAUGCUGGAGGCCAAAAAGCUGUUCCCGGCCGUGCUGCGCGCCAUGAAGGGCCGGGCCGCCCGGCACUGCCUGACCCAGGAGCUGCACCUGCACGUGCAGCAGAACCGCGCCGUGCUGGACCACCAGCAGUUCGACUUCGUCAUCCGCAUGAUGAACUGCUGCCUCCAGGACUGCACGGCCAUGGACGAGCACGGCAUCGCCGCCGCCCUGCUGCCGCUGGUCACCGCCUUCUGCAGGAAACUGAGCCCUGGCAUCACCCAGUUUGCCUACAGCUGCGUGCAGGAGCACGUGGUGUGGACCAACAUCCAGUUCUGGGAGGCCAUGUUCUACUGCGACGUCCAGAACCACAUCCGGGCCCUCUACCUGGACAGCGCCGAGGAGAACCACGCGGAGCAGGAGAGCACGGAGGAGCCGCAGGAGGCCAAGUCGGCGCUGGAGAUCGCGUCGGAGCAGCUGCGGCUGUGGCCCACCAUGAGCCGGGAGAAGCAGCAGGAGCUGAUCCAGAAGGAGGAGAGCACGGUGUUCAGCCAGGCCAUCCACUACGCCAACAGGAUGAGCUACCUGCUGCUGCCCCUGGACACCAGCAAGAACCGCCUGCUCCGCAGCUCCGGCCUGGGCGACGUGGAGAGCGUCAGCAACAGCUUCGUCACCAACAGCAUCGCGGGCAGCGUGGCCGAGAGCUACGACACUGAGAGCGGCUUCGAGGACGCCGAGAGCUCGGACGUGGCCAACUCCGUGGUGAGGUUCAUCAACCGCUUCGUGGACAAGGUGUGCACCGAGAGCGGCGUCACCAACGAGCACCUCAAGGGGCUGCACGUCAUGAUCCCGGACAUCGUGCAGAUGCACAUCGAGACCCUGGAUGCCGUGCACAGGGAGAGCAAGAGGCUUCCUCCCAUCCAGAAGCCAAAGCUGCUGCGGCCCAACCUGCUGCUGGGGGAGGAGUGUGUGAUGGAGGGGCUCCGCGUGUACCUGAUGCCGGACGGGCGCGAGGAGGGGGCCGGGGGCAGCAUCGGGGGGCCCCCCCUGCUCCCCGCAGAGGGAGCCGUGUUCCUCACCACCUACAGGAUCAUCUUCAAGGGAACCCCCACGGACCCCCUGGUGGGGGAGCAGGUGGUAAUCCGGUCCUUCCCCAUCGCCUCGCUGACCAAAGAGAAGAAGAUCAGUAUCCAGGCCCAGGCGGAUCAGUUCAUCCAGGAGGGAUUGCAGCUGCGCUCCUGCACAUUCCAGCUGCUGAAGAUCGCCUUUGACGAGGAGGUGGCCUCGGACAGCGCCGAGAUCUUCCGGAAGCACCUGCACAAGCUGCGCUACCCCCAGCACGUGCGCGGCACCUUCGCCUUCACCGUGGGCCAGUCCCCCAAGCAGGCCAUGCAGCCCAAGGCCAAGGAGAAGAACCCCUCACUCAGGACGCUGUCCAAGAACCUGGUGAAGAACGCCAAGAGGACGAUCGGCCGGCAGUACGUGACCCGCAAGAAGUACACGCCGCCCGCCUGGGAGCAGCGGGGCAGCCAGCACUUCCCCGAGGACAACGAGGACGAGAUCUCAGUGUCCGAGGAGCUGGACAGGAGCACCCUGACGCCCAGCAGCACCAUGAGGCCGUCGGAGAAGAUGACCAUGACGCACGUGGUGGAGCGCGCCUGCUGCCGGGACUACCAGCGCCUGGGGCUGGGCACGCUGAGCAGCAGCCUGACCCGCUCCAAGAACGAGCCCUUCCGCAUCUCCACCGUCAACCGCAUGUACGCCAUCUGCCGCAGCUACCCCGGGCUGCUGAUCGUGCCGCAGAGCAUCCAGGACAACACCAUCCAGCGCAUCUCGCGCUGCUACCGCCAGAGCCGCUUCCCCGUGGUGUGCUGGAGGAACUCGCGCACCAAGGCCGUGCUCCUGCGCUCCGGGGGCCUCCACGGCAAGGGCGUCGUCGGCCUCUUCAAGUCCCAGAACGCCCCGACCCCAGGCCCCUCGCAGGCGGACUCCACGAGCCUGGAGCAGGAGAAGUACCUGCAGGCUGUCAUCAAUUCCAUGCCCCACUACUCGGACGCCGGCGGGCGCAACACCCUCAGCGGCUUCACCUCGGCUCACAUGAGCAGUGCAGAUUUCUCCGACAAGAGGCAGCAGCCUAAGCUGGGAUCGCUCAUGAAGCAGGUGAUGGGAGGGAAGGACGAAGGGCCUGGGACUUUGAGCCGCGGAGGGCUGGGUCACAGAGCCAGGGUCAUCACCCUGUCCUCCCCCAAGUGCGCGUCGCCGAAGGGCCGCGAGACGCCCCGAGGGAAGUGGGGCAGCAUCCGGGCCAGCGGCCGCAUGAGCAGCUACGCCCUGAACGUGGAGAUCGGGUCCCGCCUGGCGGGGAAGGACCUGCUGGGGACGCAGCACAACGGGACCCCCGCCGAGCCCUCCUUCCUGCGGCAGCACCGCGCCUCGCUCUACAUCAUCGGGGACAAGUCAGGCCUUGGCAGGGGCUGCCCAGGGAGCGGCGUGAAGCCGGACCCGCUGCAGCACUGGGAGGUGGUGCCCAUCGAGGUGUUCGACGUGCGCCAGGUCAAGGCCAGCUUCAAGAAGCUGAUGAAGGCCUGCGUGCCCGGCUGCCCCUCCAGCGACCCCAGCGUGGCCUACCUGCGCUCCCUGGAGGAGUCGGAGUGGCUGUCCCAGAUCCACAAGAUCCUGCAGAUCUCGGUGCUGGUGGUGGAGCUGCUGGACACGGGCUCGUCCGUGCUGGUCAGUCUGGAGGACGGCUGGGACAUCACCACCCAGGUGGUGUCCCUGGUGCAGCUCCUGUCCGACCCCUACUACCGGACGCUGGAGGGCUUCCGGCUGCUGGUGGAGAAGGAGUGGCUGUCCUUCGGCCACCGCUUCAGCCACCGCGGCGCCCAGACCCUGGCGGGGCAGAGCAGCGGCUUCGCCCCCAUCUUCCUCCAGUUCCUGGACUGCGUGCACCAGAUCCACCUGCAGUUCCCCAUGGAGUUCGAGUUCAGCCAGUACUACCUGAAGUUCCUCAGCUACCACUACAUUUCCAACCGCUUCCGGACAUUCCUGCUGGACUCGGACUACGAGCGCAUCGAGCUGGGGCUCCUGUACGAGGAGAAGGGCGAGCGGAAGGGCCAGCAGGUCUCCAAAUCCAUCUGGGAUUACAUCGACCGCCUCAACAAGAAAGCUCCCAUCUUCUUCAACUACCUGUACGCACCUGAGGACGGAGAGGUGCUGAGGCCGUACAGCAACAUCUCCAACCUGAAGGUGUGGGACUAUUACACGGAGGAGACGCUGUCCGAGGGCCCCCCGUACGACUGGGAGCUGGCGCAGGGGCAGCCGGAGCCGGCGGAGGAGCCGGAUCGCCAGGACACGGCGGCCCCGCAGAGCAAGCGCCGCAUCAUCUGGCCCUGCUACGACAACCGCAGCCGCGUGGAGCCCGACGCCAUCUCCAAACUGCUCGAGGAGUUGCACAACCUGGAGAUGGAGCUGGGGCAGGUCCCGGAGCGCUGGAAGGACACGUGGGACAAGGUGAAGGCGUCCCAGCGCACGGAGGGGCGGCAGGAGGGCAACAGGACCCCCAGCUCCCUGCUGAUGUCAUCGGGGCUGUCCCACCACCGGCGCUCGCUGGGCGUGUACCUGCAGGAGAGCGGGGUGGGCUCCACGCUCAACCUCAGCCUGGACAGCGACACCAGCAGCACCUCCACCCCCUCCAGCGGGAAGCCGGGCGGCCGCCGCAGCACCUCCACCCUCUACAGCCAGUUCCAGAUGUCCGAGAGCGAGAACAGAUCCUACGAGGGGUCUCUGUACAAGAAAGGCGCCUUCAUGAAACCCUGGAAGUCUCGGUGGUUUGUGCUGGAUAAAACCAAACAUCAGCUGCGGUACUACGACAGCCGGAUGGACACGGAGUGCAAGGGCGUCAUUGACCUGGCCGAGGUGGAGUCCAUCACCCCGGGGACCCCCACCAUGGGGGCCCCCAAGACGGUGGACGAGAAAGCUUUCUUCGACCUGAAGACGACGAAACGAGUUUACAAUUUCUGCGCCCAGGACGUGCAGCUGGCCCAGCAGUGGAUCGACCGCAUCCAGAGCUGCCUGUCGGACGCGUGAGCCCGGCUCAGCGGAGCCGCGAUUCCAGGCACGGCUCCCGCAG